ACGACUGCGAAGAUAGUGAACCGAGAUAGAAUAUAAGAUGAGAUAUUCUCUUUAGCCAUCAUGGUAUUUGGUGUUUUCUAUUCGAGAUCAAUCAAACAAACAAAGCAAGUAAUCCAGAUCUCUUUCAGAAGAGUCCGCGCUAGCUGUAGCAUUUUUUUCUCUUUCUUUUGUGGAGGGUUGUUAGAUUCAAGCUUAAGUUGGGUUUUCUUUUUCUUGUCUUUUGGCAGAAUCCGAGCGUCAAAUAUUUGAGUAUUGCCAAAGAUUUCUUUCUAUGUUCGGGAAACCCUUGUUUUCUUGUCCAGUACUGCAAGCGAGGUCUUAAGCAGUUUAGCUUUAGAAAGCUAGUUUUUUUGCUUUAACUAAUUUCCAAAUAAGCCGUAGAAUUCAAACCCAAAUGAUGUCUGGUGACUCUUUUUCAUUACCCUCUGCAAUCGGAGCGUUUGCUCAAGAACAAACCACAAACCCUAACCCUAAACCCGAUCCUAAUAAUCCAGCUGUCAAGAAGAAGAGAAAUCUACCAGGAACACCUGAUCCAGAUGCCGAGGUUAUUGCUCUUUCACCGAAGACUCUCAUGGCAACGAAUAGAUUCAUCUGCGAAAUAUGCAAUAAAGGCUUCCAGAGGGAUCAGAAUCUACAACUUCACCGAAGGGGUCACAACCUUCCAUGGAAGCUCAAGCAAAGGACCAACAAAGAGGUCCGGAAGAAGGUUUAUAUUUGUCCGGUAAAGGCCUGCGUCCACCACGAUCCUUUGAGAGCUCUCGGGGACCUCACCGGCAUAAAGAAACAUUACAGCAGGAAACAUGGCGAAAAAAAAUGGAAGUGUGAGAAGUGUUCAAAGAAAUACGCAGUUCAAUCAGACUGGAAAGCUCAUUCGAAGACCUGUGGAACUAGGGAGUACAAGUGCGACUGUGGAACCCUUUUUUCCAGGAAGGAUAGCUUCAUCACCCACAGAGCAUUUUGUGAUGCCUUAGCUGAUGAGAGUGCAAGGUUUACUUCACUUUCUGCAACCAAUUUGAAUUUCAGAAAUGAUUCACUGAAUGAGACUGUGGUAGAUCCUCAACGAGGUUUGCCUCAUGGAUUGUCGGUCCGUGGAGUUCAAGAUGGUGGUGGAAUGGCCCCCUUUUUCCCGGGGUUUCGACCAGAUUUCAACAGCAUGGCCAUUGGCAGCUCUCUUGGCAUGGAUCAUCAGACGCCCAGAUUAUCACUUUGGCUUAACCAGGCAAAUUCUCAGUUUAAUCCUAAUGAAAUGGUGGCUAAUCCUCAUCUAUACGCAUCCUCAAGUAAUUCUACUGGUUUCCCUGAAAUAGUGCAAGCGACGUCGGCCAAUCUCUUUGGUUCAUCUUCAAUGGCAAACUUCGGAAACUUCAGUCAGUUUCAAGGGACGUUUGACAAGAGUGUUCCGAGUUCAGCGAACGCAACUCUCUCUUUAACAGCACCACCUCAAGAAAUGAAAGAGGAGGGAGGGAACAAAGGAGAUUUGGUGGAAACCCUAUCCCCACUUUACUCAGAUAGCCUAAAUAAACAAUCAAAGCCGGCUUCACCCUUGUCCGCCACUGCACUUUUGCAGAAGGCAGCGCAGAUGGGUUCUACAAGAAGCAACCCAUCACUCUUUUGCAGCAGCUUUGGAGUUAUGAGUUCCUCUUCUUCCAGCACAACGAGCUUCAAUACUCUCAACCAAAACAGAAACGAGCUGCACCAGGUCUUUCAAAAUGCAAAGCAGCCAGAGAAUUUCACAGAAACUGGUACUGUGCCAAUGGCUGAUGGAAUACUGGGCAGUAGUUCAAAUUCGAUAUCGUUAACAAGUCCAUCAAACAGUUUUGAACAUCUCAUGAUGCAAAGUACCAGUAGUGGAAUACAAAAUGAGGCAGUUCCAUUAAAGAAUCAUCGAGGCUCCAAAGGUAUUGAUCAAAACAGUCUAACUAGAGACUUUCUCGGCAUGGGAGCAGGGAGAGAAUCUCAACGGCCCUUCUUAGCACAGGAGCUAGCAAAGUUUGCUUCAUUGGGCUCAGCUAUGGGUCUGAGCCAAUUCACUGGCAACCGCUGAAUUCACUUAUCAGUCAAGGUGGAGGACAUGUUGUUGUAUCGAAAAACCUUCGCUGGAAAUAAAAAUCGGUGGGGACGGACUUAGACUCGAGUGGAAAGCACUAAAUUCAAACUCAGAGAGAAAGCAGACGCAGUCCUCAGUGAAUGUGUUUGCAUGUGAGAAAAAGUUGCUUGUGAAUGGUCAGAAUUGGAGGUUGGGGCCCAGUGCAUGUCUGAAAUGACUGAACGGAGAGAGAACUCUGGGUCAUGGGUUUUCUACGUUUUUGCUGUUGUUCGUCUUUGUUUAACUGCACUGUAUGUAACUUUCUCUCUUCCUUUCAUUUCUUUCUUGAAAAAGAAAAAGAAAAUGAGAAGACUGCACCGAAAAAAGAAAACUACUUUAUGUAGUUGACCGUCCGUCAAAGUAAUCCGGCCGCAGCCUCGUCAACUUUGGUGGGUUUAGACUUUAGAUUAACUUUCUCUAUUUACUAUUUACUUAUAUAUAUACUAAAGCUAGUCUGCAAUUUGUUCAA